CACACACUCCACACACGCACACUCUCUCUCUCUCCACACUCUCUCUCUCUCUCUCCACGCACUCUCUCUCUAUCUCUCUCUCCACACACUUUCUCUCCACACACACACACACACUCUGUCUUUCCACACACACUCUCUCUCUCUCUUUCUCUCUCUCCACACUCUCUCUCUACAUACACACACACACACACUCUCUCACACACACAUGUCUUUUCCCCAAACAGUUAACGUUAGCUGUUUAUCUUUUGAGGACUUGACUGGUUUUUCAUCAUGUGUUUGAAAAAUGCUGGGGUGCUUCGCGAAUGGUUUACUGCACAGGACUCCUUGCCUUGCUGCUGAUCAUACUGGAGUGGAUUCGGCCUGGCCUACCCUCCCCUUUGCGGCCUAUCUGUGACCUGCGUGUUCUCAACCACUUCAUUAAGGAAGCACGGGAUGCUGAGGCUGCUUUGAGGUUUUGUACAGAGGAAUGCAGUAUUGCUGUACCUCUCACAGUUCCUCUGACCAGAGUGGAUUUUGAUGUUUGGGAAAAGAAAAAUACAGAGGAGCAGGCUCAAGAAGUGCAGACAGGACUAUGGUUGUUAAACAUGGCCAUCAGCUCAUUAGGUGCAUCCAUCACCAACUCUGCACUCCACUCCCACAUAGAAGCCAGCAUCAGAAACAUUGCCAGCCUCAAGCAGGUGCUGCGCAGCCUCAGUAUACAGGACUAUGUGCCUACAAGUGGUGGGACAGAGGAGACAUGGAAAGUAUCUUCGGCCUCAGAGCUCUUCCAGGUCCACAUCAACUUCCUGCGUGGGAAAGUGCGCCUUUUGCUCUCCAAUGCACCAAUCUGCCAGCAACAUAUCAGAUGAAUGGAGCAUGGACAAGACAUAAACCGAACUGAUUGGAGCAGACUGUAAUAAAAGGCGGGACAUUAGUACUAAACUGUCGAGGGCAUCAUGCUCGCCUGUAUGUUGGAAGCUGGAGCACUUUCUCACCAUGAAUGAAAAAUGGAACAAUAUAUUUAUCUUCAAGAACCCUAGAUGGUCAUAGGACGUAGUUCUCUUCACUGCUGCCCUGACCAACGCUGCACACGUUUCUGUACAUGAUGCAGCCUGUCACUCCUUUCUCCCCAUUUGACUGACAUUUGUUAUAUCUCAGAUGCAUCUGCAUCAACCCUAAUCAGAUACCACUUUUAAUAAUUUUUUACAGUGUAUUUGUGUGGAUUUUAUGAUGCUCAAUAUUUAUAUAAAUUUCUACAAGCUGGAUUAUGGGUUAUGCUAUAGAUUAUAUACUAUAGAGUAUGAGGAAGCCAUCUGCUUUCUGUCUUACCCUUUAACACCUCUAAAAAUAGACCUGCUGCUUUUUAGUCAUAUUUAUCAAUCUCAGUAAUGCACUGAUUUUAUAUAGAUUGUGUGUGUGUGUGUGUGUGUGUGUGUGCGGGCGGGCAACAGUGAGUGAAUAUGAGUAUUUUGGGGAAUGUGUGUGAGAGAGAGAAUGAGAGAGAGAUGGACAUAUCAGUGGACAGACUGUUUACAGGUCACUUCUGGUGAGAGGAAGAGACCACAUAGUUACGCUUUUGGGGGGAAACUGGGGGGGGGUUUGUGAGGGCUGAUGAGACUGUGUGUUGAUUAUAAGUGUCUGCAUUGGCUUCACGUGCAAACGCACAGCACCGCACAGAGAAUGGCCAGAAAAAAUAUUGCGUCACUGCCAGGAAAAAUAUUGAUUGGUUUGUAUGAAGAACAUCCUGCAUGACUCCUGCUCUGUUCACAGUCUGGUGUAAUGGCCUGGGAAACCUUUGGGUAGUUGACAUUUGUCUAAUGUUUCUCUUUGCGUUCCAGGCUCGGAUUGGUCAUUCUUGUUUGUCGUCUCUGUCUUUCUUUUAACAAUGUUUUCGCUGUUGGGUUCGUUUGUGAAUCAGUGUGUAAGGACGGAAGUGAGUAAUACUACUUUCCUGUUUGUUACUGUUGUUUGCUUCUUUUACCAAUUGUCCUAUUUGGUUAAUAAAAUGCAAAAUAUUAUUCUGAAAAGUAGUUGAAGGAAAUCAAGGAAACAAUA